AUGGAGGAGCAGGCAGUACGACCAGACAUGGCUCAGGGAAGCUCCAGCAGCGACUGGGAGGACUCAGGCAACAAUCUGACCAGUCUCCUGUGGCUGAAGGACUUUUCCUUGGCCAACACCAGCUUGGCCAAGUCCUCCUGCUGCCUGGACGGCCCUGACCCCCCCAGCUCUCAGCGCUGCUCCACUUUGGCUGCCCCGUGCUCAGCCCUGGCUGCUGAGCCCGCCUGCGGGGCUCUGUCCCACUCCCCCUGCCAGCCCAUCUCCUCCUCAGCCUCCAGAACACAGCAUCACACCAUGGUGCUGAGCCCUCAGCUCGCACAGGACAUUGAUUAUAAGAGCAAUCCCUAUGUCAGGCCACCCUACACCUACGCCAGCCUCAUCUGCAUGGCCAUGGAAGCCAGCCAGAAGCCCAGCAUCUCCCUCUCUGCCAUCUACAAGUGGAUCAGGGACAACUUCAGCUACUUCCGACACGCUGAUCCCAGCUGGCAGAGCUCCAUCCAGCGCAACCUCUCCUUGAACAAGUGCUUCAUCAGGGUGCCCCGGGAGAAGGGGGAGCCAGGCAGAGGCGGCUUUUGGAUGCUUCACCCCGAAUAUGCCCAGAGGCUCAAGAGUGGGGCCUGCAAACAGAGCAGGAUGCCAAGCACACACACACACAUGGCCUGUCCUGCAACAGCCCCGCAAGGCACAGGGAGCCUGGCCACCACAGACACCUCCUCUGGCACAUACACUUCCAUCCUCGCUGUCAACAGGGAGUUGCAGCAGCUGCUCAAGGAAUUUGAAGAAGCCACCAACAACCAGACCCUGACUGCAGCAGAUGGCAAAGCAGGGCAGAGGCACAAGAAGCCAUCGCCCACACCAACGGCCAAGGUGACUCGGCUUUGCAGCCCUGGCCUGCUGAGCCAGGAGCAGCAGCGUGAGCUGGGGGCACUGAAAGAUGACUUUGACUGGGAAGCCCUCCUCAACACCAAACCAAGUGGAGAUUUCCCCACUUUUGACACUCUGGAGCUCACACCACCACUCACACCACCAGCCAGCUCCACAGAACCUGACCCAGACUUGAUGGUACAGGAUCAGCACAUUGACCAUCUCCAGGGGCAGGAGCAGGUGCAGGUCCUCAUCAAAUCAAGCCUGAACAAUCCAGACUUGGACGAAACCUUCAUGCCCACUUCUCUGCCACAACGUGACUGGGAUGAAGAGACAAGUGACUGCCUCUACAACUGUGUCCACAUAGAGCAGUUGUUUGAAGACAACGAUGCCUCUUUUCCAGCAGAUGUGAGUGAGUGGAGCAGUCUGACAUCCCUCUUAUCAAAGCACAGCCAGGCCCCGUCCCUGCGGCACCGCCGUGUCGCUGCCUCCCUGCGGCACGACCAGCAGCUGCUGAAGUGCAGCGAGGGCUUGGAAAGAGUGUGA